GACCAUGGCAGGCCGAUGGACGUUAUCAGCUUUGUUAACUUAUCAUGGAUCGAUAACGAUAUGAGUCAACCGGUCACAUUCCGCGUGGCAACGGUCCGAUUUUAUGUGCUAACGACUCCUGUUCUACUACCAACGCCUCUGCCCACAUUCAAGAUGUCUUGGAACACGUACGUGGAAGACCUGAUAAAGACCCAAUCCGUGACAAAGGUCAGCAUAUGUGGUCAGGAUGGCUUACCGUGGGCUAGUUCACAAGACUUCUGCGUGUCUGCACAAGAAGUCAAAACACUCGCCCUCUCCUUCGACAAUCCAGCAGACCUCCACAUGAAAGGUAUGAUUGUUGGUGGUACCAAAUACUUCUUUCUGAGUGGAACAGAUGAGGUGCUGAGAGCAAAGAAAGGCACCAACGGCAUUAUUGCCUGCAAGACAAAAACAGGUGUCAUCAUCGCCUACUACGAAGAUCCAAUACAAGCUGGACAGUGUGCCAAAGAGGUAGAGAGAGUAGCAGACUACCUCAAGAGCCAAAAUAUCUGAUUCUCAUCAGGUAGCCUAUCACAGAUACAGAGCCAGCCUUGAAGUACAGCACAGUAGGGUAUUCAAAAUGUAUGUUGCAGCACAGUAGGGUAUUCAAAAUGUAUGUUGCAGGGGGCCACCCCCCUGCAACAUACAUUAACUACCACACCUCAGCACUACCACUGAUUUCAUAACAAUGAAGUACAGAUUCUAAUUCAAUUAAACACUUCAGUACACAGUACACAUGCAAAUUCAGAAAGAUACAUUUUUGUUUUUCUGAACUAAAAUGGCUCACUUUAGGCUGAUUGAAUCCUCCAUCCAUGCAAUAUGUGGUAUAAUAAGGCCAGCACCUCAUACAAUAGAUUACAGAACCAAGUUUUUCAUAAUUUAAACAUUUUCAUUGCUUUCCACAUAAAAGAAACUUUAAUAAGAUAAGUGUUCCAAAAGAUAAUAACAUCUAAUAUAAAAGCAACAGUAACUUGUCUCCUCUGAUUUAAAAACCACUGUUCCUUCAGCUGUAUAAACCAUAGGAAUUAAUAUUAUAUUGUAAUACUUUACUUGAUUUACAUAUUUUGUAAACUCAAUACAUAAAAAAAUAAUUUUA